UGUUGCCCCUGGUGACGCGUCUCUAUCAGUUUAGCCCCACCAGUGCUUCUCUAUGAUUGGCUGUUAGGAUUAAGACCGUGCCAUUGACUGGCUGAGCGAGCUGUCUGUUAGUUAGCAAGGUAUAUUAAGCUGAUUACAUUAUCGGAUUAGAUUUAACCUGCAGUCCAACAAUAUAGACUUAAGUACACAUAGUUUGUGCUAUUUUCAGCGAAGCCAUAGCUGGCAGCUAACGAGCUAAGAUAACAGCAGCCGCAGUUGUUUGAGCAGAACCCGGGUUUUCAGGAAGGAGGAACGAGAACAGACGCUUUCUGACAUGUCUUCAGACGAAGACAGGGCCAAGGAAAUUUUGAAGGGCUUCAAACUAAACUGGAUGAAUCUUCGAGAUGCAGAGACGGGCAAAGUGCUGUGGCAGGGAACUGAGGACCUCUCUGUUCCAGGAGUUGAACAUGAAGCUCGUGUCCCAAAGAAGAUCCUGAAGUGUAAAGCAGUGUCCAGAGAGCUGAACUUUUCCUCCUCAGAAAAACUGGAAAAAUUCAGACUGGAGCAGAAAGUUUUCUUCAAAGGACAGUGUCUAGAAGAAUGGUUCUUUGAGUUUGGUUUUGUUAUCCCCAAUUCCACCAACACAUGGCAGUCUCUGAUAGAAGCAGCUCCAGAGUCCCAGAUGAUGCCAGCCAAUGUUUUAACUGGUAAUGUGAUCAUAGAGACCAAGUUCUACGAUGAUGACCUCCAUGUCAGUACCUCCAGGGUACGACUUUUCUACGUCUGACCUCUGACUCUACUUUCCAAUAUGCUGAUGUCCUGCCAAGGUCUAUAAAUAACCAAGGUUAGCUACCAUUUGCAGCAGUAAAAACCUCAUUGCUGACUUGGGAUAAGCACAUUUGGGUGAAAUCCAAAUCAGUGAAGUGAGCUUUGUGUUGGUUGUUCUCUUGUUUUGUCUCAACCUGAAAACUUCUUCUAGACCUUGGGAGGGGAUAGGAGGAGGAGGAGGAGAGAGCACCCUGUUGUUUCUUCUGUUCCAAAAACAGCUCUCUCUGUAUUUACCCUCCAGACUGUUCUACUGUAAAUACGUUAUCACUGAUCUCUAGUCAGCCAGAGAGCCACUCUGAAAUGACACAAUUCUUUCUGGUUUCCUAAAAUUCUACUCUCUCACUCCAAGGUUGCAUUUACUCAGGAACAGAAUAGCAGACUUGUAACCUGUUUGAUCUGAUCAUCUUCUUUCUGUCUGAAUAUGGAAACACUGCUCUCCAUGUGUCAUAAACACAAGCUGCAUGUCAGUGUCAAGGAACGCUGCACUCAGUGUCUCUCCUGAGCUAUGUCAAAAAGUCUUCAUCGUAAAACACUAGAUCAAAUUUCCUCAAGCUGUCCCAACCCAGAGGCUACUGUGAAGUCUGUAUUUCCUGACAGAGUUUAUCAUCAUGGGUAAACAAAGCUGUCACGUUCCAGAGGCCCAGUAAAAUGCUUUGUGUACAUUUAAAGAACACAACAGGUGUAUUGUUUGUAGUCCCAAAUAUCCCAAAAUUCUGUCUGCUUGUAAAGUCAGAAAAUGGUUCUGCCAAUUAUUCAAGAAUUUUAGGUUAUACAUACAUAUUCGGACAUAUUUACUUUGUCAGCCAAUAACUUAACUCUGAAAUGACCACUUUCAUCAGUUGACGAGGACUGCCUGGAUGCAGGCAAUGUUAAUGGUGGUCUCUGUGAGGCCAAGUAUUGGAACUACUGAUGCUGAGCCUUAGUGCUCUGAAGGACACACCUCUGCAAGUUGCCUCUGAAGUGGGACACCAAAAACAGGAAAGGUUUAGGUGGUAGAAACUGACUACAUGACCUAGUGUAGAAUACUGGUUUUCAGCGUAAUGUGAUGGAGGACCAAGAACCCGUUUUAUUCCAGAGCUGCUGGUUUAACUGGAUUGCCUCGAUAUAUUGUCUGUAUUGUUUGGAAUGAAAACCUGCACACUGUCACGACACCUGUUUGAAAAGCACUGUGUUUGAGGGACACUGAACAGCAAAGAGGAGGGUUUUUUUUUUUUUUUACAUUCAUUGAUGUGCUUGUUCUUGACUUUCAGAGAUGUACUCACAUUCAAAAUAUUCAACUUAAAGUAAAUCAACAGGUGUAGACCAAGACAUGCAUCAUUUAUUCUCGGUAGUUUAUAAUGUUUAGAAUUUUAUCCCAACUAGACCCAGAUGUUAACAGCUGCUUGAGGUCUUUAAUGCAGCCCUGUCUAGAUUUUUAACUUCCUAUUCAAUUCACUGCGUUCAUGUCUUUUUCUUUUUUGUUAGCUGGUAACUGAGCUGUGUAACAUAGACUUGUGUUUUUAAUAUGACAGAAAUUGUGGAUUAAAGUCAUCCAAUGUAAUAACAUGA